AAUCCUACCAUCAGUUGUCCGUGACGCUGCCCCGUCGUUUACACUCUCGAAGAGGUUCCGCUCUCUGAAGCUUCUUUUCACCCAAUUGUCUUUAAGCUAACAAAUUUCAUUUGCAGACUCUUCGAACCCUAAACCAGUCUUCUCAUCCAAGUCUUCGCACAGAAUAUGGGAGAAACAAAGGAUGAAGGAUACGAGGAAGAGCUUCUUGACUAUGAAGAGGAAGAAGACAAAGCCCCUGAUUCCGUUGGAACCAAAGUCAAUGGUGAAGCUGUGAAGAAGGGCUACGUUGGGAUUCAUAGUUCAGGAUUCAGAGACUUUCUUCUGAAGCCAGAGCUUCUUCGUGCCAUUGUAGACUCAGGAUUUGAGCAUCCUUCUGAAGUACAACAUGAAUGCAUUCCUCAAGCAAUCCUUGGAAUGGACGUGAUUUGUCAAGCUAAAUCUGGAAUGGGAAAAACUGCUGUCUUUGUUCUCUCAACCUUACAGCAGAUUGAUCCCGUUUCAGGCCAAGUUGCUGCACUUGUUCUGUGUCAUACAAGGGAAUUAGCAUACCAGAUAUGCCAUGAGUUCGAGAGGUUCAGUACCUACUUGCCUGAUCUCAAGGUUGCUGUCUUCUAUGGUGGUGUCAACAUUAAAGUUCACAAGGAUCUGUUGAAAAAUGAGUGUCCUCAUAUUGUUGUUGGAACACCUGGAAGAAUACUUGCAUUGGCUAGGGAUAAGGAUCUUUCAUUAAAGAAUGUCAGGCAUUUUAUUUUGGACGAGUGUGACAAGAUGCUGGAAUCACUGGACAUGAGGAGAGAUGUGCAAGAGAUCUUCAAGAUGACUCCUCAUGAUAAGCAAGUUAUGAUGUUUUCUGCAACACUCAGCAAGGAAAUUCGCCCAGUCUGCAAGAAAUUUAUGCAAGAUCCAAUGGAAAUUUAUGUUGAUGACGAGGCCAAGUUGACCCUUCAUGGACUUGUGCAGCACUACAUCAAAUUGAAAGAGGAAGAAAAGAACCGGAAGUUGAACGACCUUCUUGAUGCACUAGACUUCAACCAAGUUGUUAUCUUUGUGAAGAGUGUCAGUAGAGCAGCUGAGCUUGACAGACUACUUGUGGAGUGCAACUUCCCAUCUAUAUGCAUCCACUCUGGCAUGUCACAGGAGGAAAGGUUAAAGCGUUAUAAAGGCUUUAAGGAGGGACAUACUAGGAUUCUUGUGGCAACAGACUUAGUUGGGAGGGGAAUUGACAUCGAGCGUGUUAACAUUGUAAUAAACUAUGACAUGCCUGAUUCUGCAGACACCUACUUGCACAGGGUUGGCAGAGCUGGAAGGUUUGGCACCAAAGGUCUUGCAAUUACAUUUGUUUCGUGUUCUGCUGAUGUCGAUGUUCUUAACAAUGUUCAGUCAAGGUUUGAAGUUGAUAUAAAGCAGCUUCCGGAGCAGAUUGAUACCUCUACAUACAUGCCAUCAUAGUGGUAUGUGGACGAAACAUCAUUUGCUUGGAUGUUACAACUUACAAGUGGCUCUUGGAGGCUACUUCCAUCUCACGAGUGACCGCUUCUUGAGCUGCAGAUGAUCCGCCCCACUGAUAAUAUCAAGUCCUUUCUUUGUAGUGUGGUAGGCAGUCAAGGCCAUUCUACUUUGAAAGCUUAUCAGCAUGAGGACUUGGCAGUAAUAUAUGGCUUAUACGUUGGGUUUCAUUUGCUGUGUUGUGUAUUAUUAUGUUGUGUAGAUUUGCUCGUAUGCUACACUUUUCGUUUUAACUCGUCGCAUUUGAAACAUUUUAGUUUGGAAGUUGAUAUGGUGGCUUGUCAAGAUACCACAUGCUUUUUAUUAUUGUCUUUUAAAGUGUUGCUCGUGCCUGGGACCCAUCUAGGAGUUCUGAGUGCAUGUUUCUAGGGCAAGCAAUUCAUUUUUUGGGCGAAGCUCGUGGUAGCAGAAUAUCAGGUUCGUUGCCAUUUAAUCGUCUCUUAGUUGAUUCUGAUGAUAAUCGUUAGGCAUAAUGUACCAUAGUUUUUUGGCCGAAUUGUUCCCCGUCAUUGUAGUUUGAUGUAUAAAUUGUGCCAUAAGAUGCUGGCUACUCGGUAGACGACUAGGCGAUAGAUGUCUCCCAUAUCUUUGCCUCUAUUUUUAUUGGUUA